GCUGCGCAUGUAUGUCGUGGUGUUUAGUGAUUAUUACGGGGUCGCUCUGACCACGGUCUUGGUUGCAGAGUCCACUUCGCAUUUUGAGCGACGCCCCCAAAUUCCGUGCAGAGUGUUUGCAGACCCUCCGGGACGGAGAGGUGGAGGAGGAAUCGGCAGCUCCGCCGUCCAUAUACACUACAAUCACCUCGCCAUUAGUUCAUGACUUCAUCUUAUUUUUGACAGGAGACUUUGGGCCAUAUUUGGAAGGUAAGGGCAGACGUUUCACUAACACUUCCUGUCAAUUUCGCUGUUUUUGUCGCCUUUUCCUGCGCGCUGCGCCGUGUCGCAGCGACCACUCGGACUGUGGUCAGCUCGCCGUGGCGUUGGUCGAGCACCGUCCUCUUAGGUAACCUUAAUUACGGUAAAACGAUCGAUUAGGUUUCUGAUCGACUCAUUAGAGGGUUUAGAUGUUUGUCCAGGAAUAACAAAUGUGUCCUGUAUUUAACCACCGGACUAGCUUUUUUCUACAAAUGUGGACAUGGAAUAUAGCCUGGUCUUUUUUUAUCCACAGCAACCGCAUCGUUGCGCACCUCGCUUCUCGUCGUCGAUACCAGACAAAAGACAGCCUGUUUUUUUACGGUCCACUAUGUAGUCCCUCAGUGCAGAGCUUAAGCUUUGGCUGGCACACAUAACAGCAGUCGUCAAAAUGUAUUUGAAAAGCGCGCUCCACAUUUGACCUGCGCAUAUGCGCAUAUCUUUGCAUAUUGUUGUCGCUCUGUUAUUGAUUGCAUUGAUAUACCGUGAAAUUCUUAAAGGGAUACUGCCUCCUGUAUGCGGAAAUCACGGUCAAGGCAUGUUCUGUGUCUGAUACCUGUGUGUGUUCACCUCUUUUCUACUGCUCUUGUUUCCAGCCUAAAUCUUGAAAACAGUAUGUUAUAUACCUCUUUAAACAGAUUCUCCACACCCUUGUUUCUUGACAGUGUUUUGUGGGUCCGUUGAGAAAAUGUUCUCGGUCCAUCUUCUCUGUUUACUCUCUUUCUGUGUUUGUCCCUCUAACAUUUCUAUUCUUAACCUUCCUCUCUUCAUCCCCUAUUCAUUUCUAGCUCUCCAGGACUCUGAGGCUGCUGCAGAGAAUGGGAAUAAGGACACAGGCCAAGGCUUGCCAUUUUGGCUGAAGUAACAGCAGGACGGUUGUCAACCACGCAUCGGCUUCAAUCCCCUUCUCCCUCGCCUCCACACACACACACACACACACACACACACACACACACACACACACACACACACACACACACAAACAUACACGCACACACACACCGUUAUCCCCACUCACAGCCACUGCUAUGUCCACCGCGGUAGACAUUGCUGGCCCUUCCUCCCCAGAUCAGGCCCACAGCAGCACUAAAAUCCCCAAUGAGCCACUGAGACCCAGCCUUAAGCGCUCCCACCACCCCUACAGCCUCUCCCAUUACAUCUCCACCCCUUCCCCGGCGAUGGACGUCAAGGACCUUAUCCAGCCUUCCCCGGCCCAGCAGCGGGCCACUCAGCCUGCACACACCAAGCCUCGCCGAACGCCCUCUUGGCCCGACAUGUGGGAGUCACCCAGUGGGCUCCACCUGGCCCACGCCGCAGAGCUGCUGAUGCGCGCCGGGCUGCUGGCUCUGACCCCAGCUACCACAGAGCAGGCCGGCCUGGGUGCACAGAACAGCCAGCCAGCUAAAAGGGAGGCUACUGAGGCAAAGGGGGAAAAGGGGGAUGGAGAGGGAGGUGGAUCUGGGCCGGAGGAGGAGGAAGAAGACUCCCCUGGAUGUGGAACUGACUUCCAACCUUUUCUGGGUGCCUGGUUCCCCUUCAGCCCUGCCUUAUUCCCCCUGGCCGGCUUCCAGAUGGGGGGAGGCCACUGGAGGAGUGCGACCAUGGGAGCUGAGGGGAUGGAGGGUCUAGUGGCUGAGGGCUACUCUCCCGGCUCUCUUGGCGGGGGCAGCGGCGGGAGAAGGAAGAGAAAAAGGUGCGGGGAGUGCGUACCUUGUAGGCGUCAGACGAACUGCGAACAGUGCAGCAGCUGCCGCAACCGCAAGAGGGGACACCAGAUCUGUAAAUACAGAAAGUGUGAGGAGCUGAAGAGGAAGCCGGGAGGUCCUGGGUUUGACAGCAGAGUCUCUGGGUUUGAUCUAAGGGGCUCCGACUUUACUUUGGGUCUGGCACAGGAGAGGAGCAACAGCACCUUGAAUGGAUAGUGAUGUCUUAGAUGGCAGCAUUUGUCAGAGGAUCUUGGUUGGAUGAUUGUUUAGGAGCUGCAGUUUGAAAAAGACAACACAAAGGACACCGUGUUAAUACGUUCAGACUGUGGUUCAAAGACUCUCAGAUCUUGUGUUUUAGUGAAGAGCUGCAGCUCUGUCCAAGAAUGUCCACACCUGUUCCCAUCCUUUCUUUUGACAAUCAGCCCGGAGAGGAGAGAAAGAAGGAUACCAAUGUGUGUCAAUAUUUAGAUGAUGACAGAAAUUGCUGUAAAUAGUUUGUAAAUAUCUGGAAACAUUAUGUCUUUUUUACAUCCCUUUCCAGUUUGGAUGUAUUGUGUUUCAUCAUAAAAGGAGCCAAAUGUUCUGUUUCUAAUGGGGAGUUUUGUUUCUGUUGUUUUGAACUCACUGCAUCAGUAGGAAAUGAAUGAAGACAGCUGAGGCUAAAUUAUUUCAUGUGCAACUUGUACUGUAUAGCUCUGUUUGCCCUUUUGAAAUAAAAGAAAUUAGCCAUGUACA